UCUUGUUUCGAUGAACACAACGACAAUGCGGUCUACACUUCAUACCCUUCUCACAGUCUCUCUGUUGGCAUUGUGUGAUGGCUUCAUGGAGACAGUGGUUGGUGUUGCAGGUAGGACGGUAUCUCUGACCUGCAGGUAUGACACCGCUACCCUGGGUCUGACAGAGGUGUGCUGGGGGAGAGGAGCACAGCCGUCUCUCUUCGGCUGUGAGAACACAGUCAUUGCUACUAAUGGAGUAGAGGUAACCUACAGGAGGUCCUACAGACACAGGUUACCAGGGAAGCUUCAGAGUGGAGAUGUCUCUCUCAUUAUCUACAACGUCGGAGAGGGAGACUCUGGGUUCUACCACUGCCGUGUGGCGCUAUCAGGACUGUUCAACGACCUGACGCACACCGUUCAUUUAAUUGUUCGACAAGCACCUGUCGUACUAACUGUCAUCCCAACUGUCGUACCAACUGUCAUCCCAACAGUACCAGCCCAACUCCUGCCCAUCACAGACACACCUGGGUCCUCUGUUAUACCAGAAAAUAACAAACAAGCACCUCUCAUCCCAACUGUCAUCCCAACUAUUGUCCCAACCGCGACAGAAGAACAACCACUGCCCAUCACAGAAACAUCUGGGUCCCCUUUCACACCAGAGAAGAGCAGAGAAGGUGAGCAAGGUCCCGAUAUCCUUUAUGACUGCACUACAGGCCCAAUAAUAGGUCUUGUCAAGGGAAUUAAGCAGAAAAUGGCAUCUCCAUCUCUGGAUAGCUACAUAGGACACACUGUCCGAGUGGGAGCAAUCGCCUUCAUCCCUGGUCUGAUCCUAGCAGUUCUUCUUCGUCUGAGACGGUCCAGAAAUAGCCGAGUCAGAGGAGAACCUGCCAGUUCCCCCAGUGUCAGCAGCAGGAACCCUAGAGCGGAAAUACCCCUCAGUCACCAUGAUACAGAUGCCUGGAUCUAUGAUGCUCCUACAGAUGUGUAGACGGACAUUGAAGUGGACAAGUGCCAUCAAUUAGGGAUUAUUGCUUUCAGCUCGAUUCACCUGGUCUAUGUUAUGGAAAGAGCAGGAAUUGUUUAUGUUUUGUAUACUCUAGCUAUGUUAUCUAGCCAUGUUUUUUGUGUGAUGAGGUGUAAAUGAAAGGAUAAAUAAAUACCACUCAA